ACAUCUACCCCGCUCCGUCCUAGAGUACCACAAUCAUCCAGCCAACUCCCUCAGUGACGUCGAACAGGCUUCCAUCAUCAUUCAUGAUCAUUUAGAUACACAGUAGCUUCAGGUAUUCGAAAAUCAGCUCCACGGUGCACUACGCAUAAUACAGCCAAUUAAGGGGCAUGGCAUCUACCCUUUCUACCAGGCUUCUUUCUCGUGCCAUUGCGCCAGUGACGCGUGCUUCUCUCCCGCUAGCAUAUACAGCGAGAGGCUAUAAGCAUUCCACCAAGACAGCGAGCAAGCCAAUUGCUACUCUAGACACGUCCCUCAGCCCUCGCCUGCCCCCUUCCUCACCGACUCUAUUUGAAGCAAAGAAACACAAGGGCCUUAGCUUCGAAGCCAUCGGCAAGGAACUCGGCCGUGAUGAAGUCGCCAUAGCUGCUCUCUUCUACGGGCAAGCCAUGGCAUCCCCCGAAGACAUCAAGAAGCUCUCCAAGCUCCUCGACAUUCCCGUAGAGCAGCUCGAGUCGGAGCUAGCCGGAUUUCCGGACAGAGGCAGGAUUCUGGAUAUGCCUCCAAAAGAUCCAACCAUCUAUCGUCUGUAUGAGAUUGUCCAGAAUUAUGGGUAUGCCUAUAAGGCAGUGCUGAAUGAGAAGUUUGGGGACGGCAUUAUGAGCGCUAUUAGCUUCUCAACCAAAGUGGAAAAGGAGACGGAUGAGAAGGGGGAUUGGGCCAAGAUUACGCUGAGGGGGAAAUGGCUGCCAUAUUCCAGAUUUUGACCCAAUCCGUUUCCCUUCCCGACAUUUAUAUGCAGAGCUAUUGGCUAGCACUUAGAGACGCUCAAUCUGGAAGUGGCGCACUCGCGGGUGAGUCUAGCAGCAACUCAAUACAUUUUUCAGAUCGAAA